UACCCUUGGCCAAACCCCCGCCCCAUCACUCCAUUCUGCCUGUUUUCCCCACUCGGCACAGUCUGAACACACGGGCACGGAAUGGAGACUGAAGGUAGCCAGAGCAGCCUGUCCUCCACGGACUCCCCCCACGACCCCUGCAAAAUGUUUAUUGGCGGACUCAGUUGGCAGACAACACAAGAGGGUCUGAAAGAGUACUUUUGCAAAUACGGCGAAGUGAAGGAGUGCAUGGUGAUGCGGGAUCCAGUUACUAAGCGCUCGAGAGGGUUUGGAUUUGUCACUUAUGUUGACCAGGCUGGUGUGGAUAAAGUUUUGGCCCAAACCAGACACGAGUUGGAUUCAAAAACAAUUGAUCCAAAAGUUGCGUUCCCUCGUCGGGCCCAGCCCAAGUUAGUGACUCGGACCAAGAAGAUCUUUGUGGGAGGUCUGUCGGUGAACACGACCAUCGAGGAUGUGAAGCAGUAUUUCGACCAGUUUGGAAAGGUUGACGAUGCCAUGCUCAUGUUCGACAAGACCACCAACAGACACAGAGGGUUCGGGUUUGUGACUUUCGAAAACGAGGACGUGGUGGAGAAAGUGUGCGAGAUCCACUUCCACGAGAUCAACAGCAAAAUGGUCGAGUGCAAGAAGGCUCAGCCCAAGGAAGUGAUGUCCCCCACGGGCUCAGCUAGGGGGCGCUCCCGAGUGAUGCCCUACGGCAUGGACGCCUUCAUGCUGGGCAUAGGCAUGCUGGGUUACCCAGGGUUCCAGGCUGCUACGUACACCAGCCGAAGCUACGCUGGGAUAACUCCAGGCUACACCUACCAGUUCCCAGAAUUCCACUUAGAGAGGACCCCCCUUCUGACAUCACCCCACCCCCCUGAGCUCACAGCCAUUCCUCUGACAGCUUACGGACCAAUGGCAGCCGCGGCAGCCGCCGCCGCAGUAGUUAGAGGCUCCACCCCCUCUCGCUCUGCUGGGUUUUUAGGCACCAGCAGCCCUGGGCCAAUGGCAGACUUGUAUGGAGCAGCCAGUCAGGACUCUGCUGUCAGCAGUUACCUCAGUGCUGCUAGUCCCGCCCCUAGCAGUGGGUUUGGCCAUAGUCUGGGGGUAAGACACAGCCCUUAUCACGUAGGGUCCUCUGAUUGCCACAGCUUUUACCAAUGGCUACCACUAAGAGAGGCCAGUGACAGAGAGAUAGAAAGAGUUGAAGCUGCUUGGAGCUGAUCUGGCAUAUCUCUGUGCAGUCUACCGCUCCGGCCGGGGCAGCUGUAGUGUGACCCUUGACCCCCCUCCCCCACCCCGAUGACCCCUCUAUCUGACCUGCCCUGUCUGUCUCUCUUAACAUCACUUCCCACUGAACCUCUCACUGUAAUCGAGACAGGAGCAAACUCUUUUUAAACCUGAUUGACAGUUUGUUUUAGAAUCCAAUCCAGAUACUGUAUUUCUAGAUUUGUUUUUCCUUUGUUUUGUUUCACCUGUUUUCUUUUUGUUUUUUUUUGUUUUUUGUGAAGAUGUGUAACUUCUGUUUCGGCUCUCUGUGUUUUACUGGUUGAUUUGAAUUUUGGUUUGAACAUGUUUUUUAUUGAGACAAGGGAGGGCAAUCUCCAGGUAUGAAAUAUCGGAAGGACAGGAGCAAUAAUUUGUACUAAAUAAGUAGUAUAUUUGUUUCUAGUUCAUACUGAAUUUUAACAGAACACUUCUGAUUAAUACUAUUUUUUUGAAAAUGUGUUACAAAGUUAAAAAAAUGUAUAUCUUGGUAGCUUUUUAACUUUAAGAACUUGUUGUACUAAUAUUGAUCAAAAAUAACUAAACCGAUAGUCACAAGUCAACUUCCAGUCAGGUAAAACUUGUGCUGUUUAUUUGUGUAAGAUAUUGUAAAUACAGCUCUGUUGUUUUUUGUUCCUGCAAAAAAAAAUGGGCUUUGGGAGGUGUGACAGAAAUGGUACGAUCAUAUUCUGCAGAUAUUUGUUUCAUUAGUUUUGUUAGGUGUUGGAAACCUUGACUGUUACAUAUCAUAGUAUCACAUUGAGUUGGGGGGCAUUGCCAGUCAAUGACAGCAUUUCUGCCCGUCACUUUUAGACCAGCCAUACAAUCUCCUUCCCUGUCGUUCAAAACUUGAGGGGUUUAAGUUUGAAAACUGCCUCAGGCCUCUGAAAGUAAAACAGUUUUCCAUUUACUGUGAAUUCACCCAGGAAACCCAGUUUGAAAAUGAAGGGAGAGUACUUUUCAGAUGUUACAUUACUGUGGGGAUGUGGGUAUGGGGAUACAUGCUGUUUCUCCCCCAAUGACUUUGUACUUUGUCAUAUCAUUGUUGUUUUGAAUUGUUAUUUUAAUGUCAUGAUUGUUAAGGAAAAAUGAAGGAUCCAUGUGCAGAGCCAGUCAUUCUAAAGUUUCACUAUUGUGCGAUUAUGGCUGGGUAAUUCUGCAGAUUGCGUUUUUGAGUGAGAGCUUGUGUGUUUGCAUUGUUAUCACUCCACAUGGUCACGCAUAUUGGCAUCCAGUGUGCCAUUUGCUGUUUCAGAAUGGGUAUUUCAGUUGCAAAUGUGAAUUUUUAACGUUAACUUUGGUCGAUACCUAUACCUUAUUGGCUCUGUCAGCGUGGGGACAGGGCUAAUUAACCAUCUUGUCAACAGUCCGAGAAAUUCUCCAUCGUUUCUUUUUUAACUUCCUUUGGCUACCUGAUUCAUUGUCUUCUCGCGGAUAGAGAAACUGCAUUUUCACUGGACGACUGUAGCCAUGUAACUCUCAAGCAAUAGAUCUUUUUAGAAACCCGAUUCAUUUUUUCCACAUAUAAUAUGAUGUUGCACUGGGAUGUCAAAAGUGUUUUACUCUAAAAUGAGUUAAAGAACAAGGCACUAUCAAUCACUGUCGGUUACCAAGUUGUAGGUUUUGAUAUAUUUCCUCUGUCUUCUGCUGUCUACCGGAGUACUCAGUCUCUGGGUUCACUGAAAAGUAACGCUCUUGUCAACACUGUAACCCUUGUUUUUCCUGUUACAUUUUCUUUUUUUUUCUUUGGGAAAAAACUUUUAAAAUUCCUAAUAAAUUAUUUUCAAAA